AUGUGUACCCAACUCCACAUUACACUAAAGUCCCUCAAAAGUUCAGCCCAUAAGAUCACACAACUUGAUCAAAUCCUCACCCAAACCAUCACAACUGGUCUCCUCCACACCACCCCCGCAUGGAAUUGCAUUCUCAGAGCCCAUUCCAAAAGCCCCAAACCCAUCAAAGCCAUUCUCAUUUACAACCACUCCAUUCAAUCAAACUCUAUCAUCCCUGAUAACUUCACUUUCCUAAGCCUAUUGAAAGCUUGUACAAGCCUAAAUUCAUUUCCUAAAGGAAAGGAACUGCAUGCCCAUAUCAUAAAAGUAGGACUAGAUUGUGAUGUUUAUGUACAGAAUUCUCUUAUUCACUUUUAUGGGUCCACUGGCUGUAUUGAUGAUGCUAGGUUUGUGUUUGAUAAAAUGUCUCAGAGAGACUUCACAAGUUGGAAUUUACUUCUGGGUACCUAUAAUUCCAAUUCUGUAUUGAGAAUUGAAGCAUUGGUUUUGUUUAAAGAAAUGAUCUGUGAUGGCGUUGGAGUUGAUGCGAUCACGUUGGUGAUUAUAUUGUCAGCUCUUGCAGAAGUAAGAUGGGUUGAGUAUGGAAAUUUCGCUCGUGAUAUUUUUGAUCAGAUGGUUGACAAAGAUGUAGUUUUGUGGAACUCAAUGAUUCAUGGUUAUGUUGAGUCAAAGCGUCCAAGUGAGGCUUUAGAACUUUUCAAGAAAAUGGAGAAUGAGACGGUUAAACCAGAUGAAACCACUCUAGUUAGUGUUCUUGUUGCUUGUGCUAGCUUAUCGAACCUACAACAUGGUAGACUAGUUCAUCGUUUGAUCCUCAGAAAUGACAUGAGACAUGAUGUUUUCGUUGGGACAGUUCUAAUUGACAUCUACUGCAACCUCAUGUUUGAUUCAUAA